AUGGACUUCCUUCACAAUCUUGACAUAGAAGGUUCUGAGUAUCAGUUCAUGUUCCAAACACCAGUUAACAACCCUCCAUCCACCGCGGCUGACUCACUAGAUGGGCGCAGCAAGAUAUAUCCGUUGCUGGAUGGAUAUGAGAGUAUUCACCCAGAAACCCUUGGGCUCAGUGGAGAUAUGGAUCCUUAUCUGCUCCAGCGCUAUCAAUCAGAUGAGCAUGGUACCUUCAAGUUCAAGCAGCUCGCCAUUAGAUCAGUGAACAGCAACCCGCCAGUUCAGUUCCUUGUUUCGCAACCAUCGCUGUUUGCCCAAAGUCGAAGAGAAGCAGGGCACAGCGGCGUUCCUAUAUCUGCACAAAGAGCGGAACUCGAGAAGACUGUCUCUCAAAAUAUGGGCAAAAGGUUGAUAAGUCUUUACGACAGAUUUAUUGCACCACAUUACCCGAUAUUCUCAACAGAGUCUCCUCCAGAUCCUGUAACGAGUUCGCCUUGUUUGUUGGCAGCUAUCUAUUCAAUUGCACUACCUUUCGCCAUGUACGACGACCAACUCUGCAUUGACAUAGCGUAUGACUCACCUGAUGCCGAAGACCUGGCCCAUCUCAUCAAUACCGCGAUUGCUUUCGACAUUCACUCACCAAAUAUUGCCACUGUGCAAACUCUCUUCUUACUUAUAGUCAGACCUUCCUCGAACCCCCUUGUAUCAGAUGCAUCGUAUCGAUGGACCACAAUGGGAACGCUAGUCUCAGCAGCUACAAACAUCGGGCUCCAUCUCGACCCCUCCCUCUGGAAUAUCCCAUCGGCUCAAAUAGCUGCUCGACGUAGACUGUCCUUCUUCAUCUUUGCGAUGGAUAAGUGGUUAGCAGCCGCUUUGGGAAGGCCACCUCAUAUCAACCGCGAGAACUGGUUGGUGGACGAGCUGUCGGCUCACGAUCAACUUGCUUCUAGCCUCGAUGCAUCGCAGUGGACCAGCAUAACGUCCUUCUCGGCUCUCACAUCCUGCCUUGGUAAUACCCUUGACCGGCUUUAG